GACGUUCACUGGCGUCUGUGUUCGAGCGCUAAUUUGACAACAAGGUGGAUGCAGCUUCCAGUGUUGUGAUGAGCUGUAGAGAUUGACGCUGUUGUAUGUAGGUCAACGAAGCCUGCUGCCAAUGUUUACUUGUCCAGCAUGUCUGCUCCAGCCUGAUCUUGCAGACACAGACGCUUUGUUGUUGUCAACAUCAUUUCACGGUGCGUAGGUCGGAAAACCACGAUGUUGGUACGGCAACUGUUCAAGCAGCUGUGCGUGUGAGGCAGCAGCUGGCAGCAGGUUCAAGAGAAUCAUCCUCUCCUCUCCUUUCUCCGCCACCAUCAUGGCGAUGUUUCGGAGUUUUGUCUCUGCGAGCACACAGUUCCGUCAGCAGCAGCAGCAGCAGACCUGCAGCGGCUCCUGCUCACCGCCUGCCCCCGCAGAGGGCAUCGAGAGCCAGUUUUCAUGUCCCAUCUGCCUGGAGGUUUACCACAAACCCGUCAGCAUCGCCAGCUGUGCUCACACGUUCUGUGGGGAGUGUCUGCAGCCAUGUCUUCAGGUGACCUCACCCCUCUGCCCACUCUGUCGUGUGCCAUUUGACCCCAAAAAAGUGGAGCGCUCCUGCAGUGUGGAGAAGCAGCUGGCCUCAUACAAAGCUCCCUGCAGGGGCUGUAGCAAAAAGGUGGCUCUGGUGAAGAUGAGGUCCCACGUCGCAUCCUGUUCUAAAGUACAGGAGCAGCUAGCCAACUGUCCCAAGUUUGUCCCUGUGGUGCCCACCUCUCAACCUAUACCAAGCAAUAUUCCAAACCGGUCCACAUUUGUGUGUCCAUUCUGUGGAGCCAGAAACUUGGACCAGCAGGAACUGGUGAAGCACUGUAUGGACAACCACCGUAAUGACCCUAAUAAAGUGGUGUGUCCAGUGUGUUCAGCCAUGCCGUGGGGAGACCCCAGCUACAAGAGCUCCAACUUUCUCCAGCAUCUCCUCCACAGACACAAGUUCUCUUAUGACACCUUUGUCGACUACAGCAUUGAUGAAGAGGCAGCACUGCAGGCAGCUCUUACACUGUCACUGGCUGAGAACUGACUGCUCUCACCACCACCAUCAUUCUGUCACUGUAUAAACCUGGCUGGUGCUGCACAGCAGGCACACACACACACACCUGAGCCAGUGUUUGGUGGGAUCCACCGAACACAGGAGUCCAGCCAGCCGUGGUUCCUAACACACAAACAAGGAUUUUGCUCUUUGUGUGUCAGCACGUCCACUUCCUGUAAUAUAAAGAAACAAAGGCAGUUUGGCUACAGCUCUGCUGCAUCAUGGAGAAAACCUGAAUCCAGCUGCUCCAUGGAGAGAUGCUGCGUUAACUCGUCACCCACAACCUUCAUGUGGAUUUCUACAGCAUGAUGAAGCCUGCUGACUCUUAACUCACUGAAUCACGGCUUCUUCUCACUGGUUGAGGCUGCACUUUCUUCCACAAAAUUCAAGUUAGAACUGUAACAUUUACAUUUUUACCAGCAUUUUCAGCCACAAUUUUAAGUCAGUAUGAAACCUAUGCACCAAUCAAAUCAAAUGAAAUUCACUCAUUCACCCAAAUGGAGUCUAAAUCAGUAGUACUGUAAUGAUCUCCUUGUUGUUCAAGUGAAAUAGUGACACACAAUAUUAUUGCAUGAUAUUGAUAGGGAUGCACCGAUCCGACUUUUCCAGUCCCGAUACUGACACCAUCGAUGAAUGAAUGAAUGAACUGUUCAUGUUACCAUGUGGAAGAGACUGAAGGCAACAGGCUCCACUUAAACAUUAACAUUCCUAACUUUAUAAAACAAAAUGUAACAAAUGAACACUUACAUAUAAAUGAACAGAAUUGUUAUUUGUUAAAUAAAUAAAUAAAUGUUAAACAUACGAAGGAGUAUUAGGGCAGCCAAAAAAAAAAAAAUCCGGCACAAGAAAGAAAAAAAUAAGUCAGGCUAAAAAAACAAAAACUGCAGAGGCUUGACCACGUACCACAACAAAGCGACAAGCGACUGAAAAGAGAGAGAAUUUCCUUGUUAUUAUAGCCGAUUCUGAAGUACCGCUUAAUCAACGCGUCUGUAGUUCUAAAUUAAUUUAUUUUUAUGCCUGACUUUCCCCUUGUGCCAGAUUUUUUUUAGUUUUUUGGCUGGCCCUAAUACUCCUUCGUAUAAACAGCAUUCAAAAAUGAACAGAAAUUAAACUUAUUUGGAAACAUGUGCAAACAGGAAAUAUAAUGUGACAUUUAGCAGCUGAAGCUGAUAAUUAUUAAGUAGGAAAUCAACGAGUAGCUUAACUAAGUCAAACGCACAAUGAACAGAAAUCAAAGUUCGACGUUAACCUGCUGUUACUCAGAGUGUUCAGUGAAGCAUCAAUGGCAGGUUCUCUUCUCAUCCAUGAUGUUGGACACUGUGCUAAACAGUCUCUCACUUCACAUACACACGUGUUGCUUUCACACUUUUUCCCCCUUUUCUUUCAGUGCAUCGACCAAAGUCAGCUGCUUGGUCACUUUGUUUGGUCCUCUGUAGCAUGAAGCUGUUGGAGGUGCUUGAUGAAGUCAGUAGUGUUGUAUUCUGCAGUGUUAUCACCACUUCUUGUAACAUUUACAUUCCGAGUAUUGUGAGUAGCCUUCAAACUUGUGUUGUUGUGUUUCUCUGUGUGGACCGGUGUGCUGCGCGUCAUGCUCAUGCUCACGCAUGACGCACUAUGACAUAAUCACAUGCGUGGCACUUGCAAACAUAGAACUGAAGUGAAUAGAUCCAGCUGUUUAGUCGACAUCAGGGCUGAGCAGCAGAGCGGUGCAUCUCUAAUACCUGUAUUGGUGGAUAAGUGGCUAUAAAAUACACAAUUGUACAAUAUGACCAAUGACCAAAGCAGCAGGCUGAAUAAGCUGCUACCUCCUUAACUUCAUCUUUUAUUAUUUUUAUUUUUAUUUAUUAUUUGUGCAAUGGAAAAAAAUUAUAUACUGUAUGUAUAUAUGUAUAUAUAUAUACGUAUAUAUACAUACAUAUAUACUGUAACUAAACACACUUCAACAUGACGAUUGCUUCCUUAGUAACAUGAAUAAUUUGUUGGAUUUUCGUGGGCAGCAUGUGACAUUUUAUGUAUCGUCCAGUAAUGUUUGUGUUUUUAAAAUGACUGGGAGUGACUGGAAAUGCUCCUUAUGCAACAUUAACACCUUAUAUUCCCAGAUUUAUGAGAUGUGUGCUGUGGUGUUAGCAAAUCAUUCAAGGUGCACAGACUUUGUAGUGUGACAUAUUUCUGUUUGUAUGAUUUGAGUUUAAUGACCUUGAAUAAUGGACUUUGUCUGCCCGCCACAUUCUUCCUGCUUGGUUUACUAUUUUAUUAUUGUCAUACUUUUUUCAGAUACACAUCAAAACCUUCUUAAAAUGAUGAGUUUCCCUCUUUGUAAUGACAGCGUCAGUGUUGUUACAGUAACACCAACAUGAACGCAGCAUUAGCCCAAACAAAUAACUCAAGUUCUUCUAUGACUGUUUGUUACAAGGUUUCCUCCCAGAUAACAUGUAGCACUUAACUGGACACUCUGAAUCACCUGUAGGUUUGAGUGUUGAGUGAGUGAGUGAGUGAGUGAGUGAAUGCUUGUUCAGAUGAACCCUCCUUUCAACGUACGACUGCCGCGACCCUCGUGUGGAGGAUCAGACGGAUGGAUGGAUGGAUGGAUGGAUGAUGGAUGGAUGGAGUACGUGUUCGUGUUGACUGCACAUUUCAAUGUUGACAAUGAGACAAAAUAGUUUUUUAACGACUGAAGCGAGAGUUCUAUUCAUGUCCUAAUAUCAGCCUGCUGAAUGUGUGUUGUUUGUUCACGUCAUACUGACUUCUUAGGUGUUGUUUAGUUGAUAUACUCCAUAUUUGGCAACAUCUGUUUCAAUUAUCCAGUUGAAGACAUUUCCCCCAACACAUGUAAUAACUUGUUUUUGUGAAGUUACAUUUAAGAUCUUGUGAAAAAGUUGGUGUUUUCAGGGAUAAUUCAGGGUUUUCGGCUCAGUGUUGUUGUAUGAAAAACUGACGCACUAGAAACCCACAAGAUAGACAAGGAUGUGCUCAGUGGGGACACCAGGAAAAGCAAGAAGAUUUCAGCCACUUAACAAAAGGCAUAACAUCUGAAAAUGGAAUCAUUUAUUUUGGCCCUGGAAGGAUGUAGUGAAAUUAUAAUCACCUUUAAAAUAAAGCUUCCACACCCUGAAAGGAGAUUUGGAAUCAGUCAGAGAAUAUUACCCACACAGUGCAUGAAGUUAAGAAGUUGUGAUUGUUAACCAGACAGGAAGAGUUCAAGGAUGACAAAUGGUUGCAGUGUUUUUCAACCUUAAAGUCAGUUAAUCAACAUCUGUUCACAGCUGUUCAUGUCCUAACAUUCAACUGUCGAGCAUCACUGACCGACUAGAGUUACAGAUGAGUACAUGGAAUCUCUUCAGUUUGAUUUAUUAUGCAUUUUUAUUAAAUAGUAAUAAUUCUUGUAGGAAGUGCUACAGAGACGCUGCCGCUGGAGAUGAUGAUGAUGAUGAUGAUGAUGAUGAUGAUGUCUUGGUUUUCCAGUUGUUGCGUGACUUGGAGUUUUAUCACAACACUAUUACUGUUUUUUUUCCCUGUAGCUUUUUCUCUUUUCACUUCAAUAAAAUUGAAAAGACUGAA